AUGCGUGUUAGUAUGCGUGUUAGUAUGCGUGUUCGUAUUCGGAUGCGUGUUUGUGUUUGUGUUUGUGUGCAUGUUUGUAUUCGUAUUCGUAUUCGUAUUCGUAUUCGUAUUCGUAUUCGUAUUCGUAUUCGUAUUCGUAUUCGUAUUCGUAUUCGUAUUCGUAUUCGUAUUCGUAUUCGUAUUCGUGUUCGUGUUCGUAUUCGUGUUCGUAUUCGUUUUCGUUUUCGUUUUCGUUUUCGUUUUCGUUUUCGUUUUCGUUUUCGUUUUCGUUUUCGUUUUCGUAUUCGUAUUCGUAUUCGUAUUCGUAUUCGUAUUCGUAUUCGGAUGCGUGUUUGUAUUAGUAGCCAUGUUCGUAUGCGUGUUCGUAUGCGUGUUCGUGUUCGUGUUCGUAUUGGUAGUGAUGUUCGUAGUCGUGGUCGGAGUCGUGGUCGUGAACAUAGUUGUAGUUAUUGGUGCAGUUGCCUGACAUCGAAGCAACCAGACACCCAAAAGGGCCGUAAGGAAGAGAUACAUGAUGGCUAA